AUGACUGUACGACAAUCAGUUGUGGUUCUAACCAGUAUCUGGAUAUUACAUAUGCCCAUUAUGGGAUUCAGUAUUGGUGUGAUGCCUCUAAUGAAGUUGGCGUCCUCGACGGAAGAUGCUACGGAAAACAGUCCUGUGAAAUCUGUGCCACUAACAGCUGGUAUGGUGACCCGUGUGUUGGAACGUUCAAGUACCUCUGACAAUGCCGUGAAUGGAAACUGGGGUGGAUGGGGUAGUUGGGGAAGCUGCACCAGGAGUUGUGCGAGCGGAACAAAGUCACGGUCUCGUUCCUGCAACAACCCAGCGCCGUCUGGUGGUGGAUCUGACUGUUCCGGUUCUUCUACAUCAUCCACUUCUUGUAACACUCACAACUGUCCCGUUCAUGGCGGCUAUACAUCAUGGUCCUCUUGGGGAAGCUGUUCCAAAACUUGCGGCGGUGGAACAAAAUCACGAUCUCGAUCUUGCACAAAUCCUUCUCCUGCAUACGGUGGCAACGACUGCAGCGGAGCGUCGUCAGACUCUACUUCGUGCAACACUCACAACUGCCCAAUACAUGGUAAUUGGGCAAACUGGCAGAAUUGGGGAACCUGCACAGUGACUUGUGGUGGAGGAACAAAGGUCAGAUCUCGUACUUGCACAAAUCCUGCCCCUCAGUACAGUGGAAAUGACUGCGCUGGUUCCUCAUCGUCAUCAACUGAUUGUAAUACCCAAAACUGUCCGAUUGAUGGUCAGUGGGCAGGCUGGGGUAACUGGGGCACCUGCACAGUCACGUGUGGAGGCGGUAUCCAGACAAGAUCACGCACCUGCUCCGCGCCAGCCCCGCAGUAUGGAGGUGCAGCUUGUCCCGACUUUUCGUCAUCUUCACAAUCCUGCAACACUCACAACUGUCCAAUUGACGGAGUUUGGGCAGCCUGGGGUACGUGGGGGACCUGCACAGUGACAUGUGGCGGUGGAACACAGACUAGAUCAAGAACAUGCACAAAUCCAGCUCCUCAGUAUAAUGGCGCGGACUGCCCCGGAAGUACCGGAUCCUCUCAAGACUGCAACACCCAUCACUGCCCGAUUGAUGGCGUUUGGGCUGCAUGGGGAAGUUGGGGAACAUGUACUGUAACUUGUGGAGGGGGUACGCAAGACCGAUUUCGCACGUGCUCAAAUCCGCCUCCUCAAUAUGGUGGAGCCGAUUGUCCAGCGGCUUCCAAUAGCACCCAGGAUUGUAAUACCCAAAUAUGCAUCAUUGAUGGCGCUUGGGGUGCAUGGUCGGCUUGGGGUGCUUGUUCGAAAUCUUGUGGUGGUGGCAGACAGUCAAGAAGUAGAAGCUGUGAUGACCCCAAACCAGCUAAUGGCGGAUUAGAGUGUUCUGGGGCGUCUGCUGACUACCAAGACUGUAGUAGUCAAGACUGUCCCACGCCUGCACCGGGGCAGUACCAUCAGCUUUGUCCAUCCGGUUGGUUUACGUGCAAGUCAGGUUCGAUGUCCUGUAUUCAGAAAGCCUUUCAGUGUGACUGUUCAGCCGAUUGUGACGACGGGAGUGACGAGGAUGCCACCUACGCAGGGUGUUUGAAUGCGUUACAAUGCCAGUCAAAAGCUAGUGUUGGUAAGAAAAUCAUGAGGAUGCAGGUCUUUGCCUAUAUAACGGUAGUGAUUUCAUUUGGACUUUCUGUUGUGAAUGCAGGCAGUGGGCAUAUUGGGGAACAUGAUUGUUACACAAUCAACUGCGGCAGUAACGCCUACAUCGACAUUACCUACGCCCAUUAUGGGAUCCGUUACUGGUGUGACGCUCCGAACGAGGUAGGGGUACUGGACGGCAGGUGCUAUGGAAAGAGUUCGUGUUCCGUGUGUGCUACUAACAGCUGGUUUGGCGAUCCCUGUGUUGGCACUUACAAAUACAUGUGGUUUAACUGGGAUUGCAAAUCUCGUCGUGUAAACGGAAACUGGGGAGGAUGGGGUGGCUGGGGAGGCUGUAAUAGGAAUUGUGGCGGCGGAACAAGGUCGCGAUCUCGUUCCUGUAACAACCCAGCGCCAUCUGGUGGUGGAUCCUCCUGUCCUGGUUCUUCCACAUCGUCCUCUUCUUGUAACACGCAUAACUGUCCUCGUCACGGUGCUUGGAGUGGUUGGGGUUCGUGGGGAUCCUGUACUAGAUCCUGCGCUAGUGGUACUAAAACUCGAACCCGGUCGUGCACGAAUCCGAGCCCUGCUUAUGGUGGAAAUAAUUGUGCAGGAUCUUCAUCUCACUCUGUUUCCUGUAACACCCACAACUGUCCAAGACACGGCGGCUGGAGUGGAUGGGGAUCCUGGGGAUCAUGUACCAAAUCAUGCGCCAGUGGAACAAAAACUCGUACCCGAUCAUGCUCGAAUCCAAGCCCUGCCUAUGGUGGAAAUAAUUGUGCAGGAUCUUCGUCUCAUUCCGUUUCCUGUAACACUCACCACUGUCCAAUUCACGGAGGUUAUUCUGCAUGGAGCGGAUGGGGUUCCUGUAGCAAAACCUGUGCUGGAGGAACUAAAAUCCGAACCCGCACAUGUACGAAUCCGACUCCACAGUAUGGUGGCAACAGUUGCUCUGGAUCAGCGUCCAAUUCAGCUGAUUGCAACACUCAUCACUGCCCCAUUCACGGUAACUGGGCAGCGUGGGCUUCUUGGGGAUCUUGCACUGUCACAUGUGGAGGUGGAACAAAAGUGAGAUCCAGAACAUGCACAAAUCCUGCCCCCAAGUAUCUUGGAAAUGAUUGUGUCGGUUCUUCCUCUUCAUCUACAUCGUGCAAUACGCACCAUUGUCCAAUUGAUGGAAAAUGGGCUUCAUGGGGGAACUGGGGCACUUGCACAGUAACAUGUGGAGGCGGAAUCCAGUCAAGGUCACGCAGCUGCUCUGCCCCUGCUCCACAGUAUGGAGGCGCAGCCUGUCCAGACUUCUCUUCAUCUUCACAAACCUGCAACACUCACAACUGUCCAAUUGAUGGAUCAUGGGCAAGUUGGGGAUCUUGGGGUACAUGCACGGUUACUUGUGGAGGAGGAAGUCAAACCCGGUCUCGAACUUGCACCAAUCCAGCACCACAAUAUGGAGGCGCUGCCUGUCCAGGAAAUGCUGGUUCAUCCCAGUCCUGUAACACACAAAAUUGUCCAAUUGACGGUAGUUGGGCAUCAUGGGGAAGUUGGGGCACUUGUACUGUCACUUGUGGCGGUGGAACACAGGAUCGCACGCGCGCAUGCACAAAUCCAUCCCCUCAGUACGGUGGAGCUAAUUGUCCUGGAGCUCAAAAAAGCACCCAAACUUGCAACACGCAAGUCUGUAUCAUUGAUGGGGCUUGGGGAAGUUGGCAACAAUGGGGAUCCUGUUCAAAAACCUGUGCAAGUGGUAAACGAUCGCGAUCAAGAGUUUGCGACAAUCCUAAACCAGCAAACGGAGGUUUGGAGUGUUCAGGAUCAUCCGGUGACUUUGGUGACUGUAACACACAGGACUGCCCAACUGUAGCCCCAGGCACUUAUCAACAGCUCUGCCCAUCUGGAUACUUCACCUGUAAAUCAGGUUCGAUGACAUGCAUUCAGAGAGUAUUCCAAUGUGACUGUUCAUCCGACUGUGACGACGGAAGCGAUGAAGACGCCACGUAUGCCGGAUGUACAAAUAUCGAGGAAUGCCUGGCUAAGGGCAGCGCAGCCAACAUUAUGUCUUCACUACUGUUACUUCUGGUUAGUACCAUCUUAGCCGUUGGUUUGGCAGUGUGA